UGUCAGGUUCCACUAUUGCAGAAAAGGUAAUAAAAAUUGAGAAAAAUUAGAAAAGAAAUAGAAAAAUAAAAAGAAAAUGGUGACUAUUAGUUUCUUUGUCCACAUUUCUUGUAAACCAUGCAACUCACUAGAACAAAGAAAGGGUAAAAGGGUAGAUUGAGCUUGUUGUGUAAAGACUUGGACUUGGUUUUGAGGACAUGGGGAGGUUGUUUGUGGUGAAUCUUGAAGGGAAGAUCUAUAGUUGCAAGCACUGCAGAACCCACCUCGCUGUUUAUGAAGAUAUUGUUUCAAAGUCCUUCACCAGCAGGCAUGGGAAAGCUUAUCUCUUCAACAAGGUAGUGAAUGUCUCCGUUGGAGUGAAUGAAGAGAGAAUGAUGUUGACUGGUUUGCACACUGUUGCUGACAUUUUCUGUGUUGGAUGCGGAUCAAUUGUGGGUUGGAAAUAUGAAACUGCGCAUGAAAAGAGCCAGAAGUACAAGGAAGGAAAAUCUGUUCUUGAGCGGUUUAAGGUGUCUGGUCCUGAUGGAAGCAGUUAUUGGAUCAAUCAUGAAGCACAUGUUGGUGGAAGCGAUGCAGAUGAUGCUUGAUGAUUACCCUUCACUUCCAAUUGUAUAUUCUUUCCCCUCUGUUGUUCUUAUUUUAACUCUCUGAACCAGGAAACAAAAAAUUCCUCAUUUCGACAGCUUCACCGUGUUUGGUGAUUAAAUAACAUAAUUCAAAACAUUGGAUUGUUGAUUCUGAUCAAGAUAAUGUCCAGUUCAAGGGUCAGUCAAUGUUAAUAAGCUUAUGCUAUUGUUGAAUA